GGUAACCGCGAAAUUUAAAAAAUAUAGCAGUGUUAAUUUGAAUUUUUCCUCUUUUAAAUGCGAUAUUGAAAAAAAAAGCAUUCUUCAUUUGAUUUUUUGUUUAUCGAAGCGAUUUUGAUGUGGUGUGUAUUGUGAUAUUUUAUAGUGAAUUUACGUAUCGUAAUGGUUUGGUUUUCUGCAGAAUUGGAUGUUCAAAUAACGUUUUGGUGAGGUGUAAAUGUCAGUAAAAAGUAUUGGAAAUGUGUAAAGUGUGUGAGUGAGUAGUGGAAGUGUCACACGGAAGCACGGUGGACGGCGGCGGCGGCCGCAGUCAUGGCAAUAAGUUGACGACUGUGGCCGGCCGCGCCGCACGCCGCUCAACCACUCGCGUGACAGGAUGCUGGGCGGUGUGGGAGGGCGGCACGCGUCGGUACGCCGGCGCGGCAGCUCGCCUGGCGUGCGGCGCGGCGUCUGCGCCGGCGACUCACCGCCGGCGUCGCCUCGCCCCAUGCGCAGGCGCCGCGCCGCGCUUGCCGCCUCCGACCACAAGACCUGCGCGCUUAUACACACCAGGCUCAAGUUGGGAGACAUCAUGUUGGCGGCAGCGCAGGAGGCGGCGGGCGCGCAGGCUCGCGCGGCGCCAGCUGAUACCAUGGGCGGCGCGCACCAGCCCGCUACUCCAGGGCCCAGCUCGCUGUUUAUAUUCUCCAACGACAACCCAAUUCGGAGAUAUACAAAAUUCAUCAUCGAGUGGCCGCCCUUCGAGUACGCGGUGCUGCUUACCAUCAUCGCCAACUGCGUGGUGCUGGCGCUGGAGGAGCAUUUGCCCAACGGCGAUAAGACCAUCUUAGCACAGAAUCUGGAAAAGACAGAGGCGUACUUUUUAGGAAUAUUUUGUGUAGAAGCCUCGUUAAAAAUUUUAGCAUUAGGUUUUGUUUUACACAGAGGAUCGUAUCUUAGAAACGUUUGGAACAUCAUGGAUUUUUUCGUUGUAGUAACUGGUAUCAUCACGCUGAUGCCCUCGUUCGCGCCCGAGGUUGACUUCAGGACCUUGCGCGCCAUUAGGGUGUUGAGGCCCCUUAAAUUAGUAUCGGGCGUUCCUAGUCUACAAGUUGUGUUGAAAUCCAUCAUCAAAGCUAUGGCCCCGCUGCUGCAGAUUGGCCUAUUGGUGCUGUUUGCGAUCGUUAUCUUCGCCAUUAUCGGCCUUGAGUUCUACUCAGGGGCGCUCCAUAAGACUUGUUAUACUUUAGAGGAUAUUAAUGAAAUAUGGACUGACGGUGACAAUCCGACGCCGUGUAACGCGGACAACAUGACCCUCGCGCCGUUCGGAGCCAAAGUGUGCGAGUACGAUAAAAGCACGUGCUUGGAGAAGUGGGAAGGGCCCAACCACGGGAUCACCUCCUUUGACAACAUCGGCUUCGCUAUGCUUACCGUCUUCCAAUGCAUCACUAUGGAGGGCUGGACUUCCAUCCUCUAUUGGACGAACGACGCGUUGGGUAGUGCGUUCAACUGGGUUUACUUUGUGCCUCUAAUAGUAUUGGGUUCAUUCUUUAUGCUCAACUUAGUUCUCGGUGUUCUUAGCGGUGAGUUCGCUAAAGAAAGAGAGAAAGUAGAAAAUAGACAAGAAUUUCUAAAAUUAAGAAGACAGCAGCAACUAGAGAGAGAACUCAAUGGUUAUGUUGAAUGGAUUUGUAAAGCCGAGGAAGUAAUAUUAGCAGAAGAAAGAACAACAGAAGAAGAAAAACAGCACAUAAUAGAAGCACGCAGAAGGGCAGCAGCGAAAAAGAAGUUAAAAAACCUAGGGAAAAGCAAAAGUACAGAUACUGAGGAAGAGGAGCAAGACGAGGACUGUGGCGAUGACGUUCCAAAGAAAAAGCAAGGUUUCCUGAAAAGCAAAUCUCGUUCAGCUGGCAAAUGCGCGGAUUUUUGGCGCGCCGAGAAGAGGUUUCGCUUCUGGAUCAGACAUACCGUAAAGACGCAGUGGUUUUAUUGGUUCGUCAUCGUCUUGGUGCUUUUCAAUACUAUUUGCGUUGCCGUCGAGCAUUAUAAACAACCUCGAUGGUUAACGUCUUUUUUGUACUAUGCCGAAUUUGUGUUCCUGGGUUUAUUUAUGAUGGAGAUGUGGGUGAAAAUGUAUGCGUUGGGGCCCCGAAUUUACUUCGAAUCUUCUUUCAACCGCUUUGACUGUGUGGUUAUAUCUGGCUCCAUUUUUGAAGUUGUUUGGUCCGAGGUCAAAGGUGGUUCCUUCGGCCUCUCUGUUCUUAGAGCCUUAAGACUGUUAAGAAUAUUCAAGGUUACCAAAUACUGGUCAUCUCUAAGAAAUUUGGUGAUAUCACUCCUUAACUCUAUGAGAUCUAUCAUCUCUCUGUUGUUCCUUCUAUUCUUGUUCAUUCUCAUAUUUGCCUUACUUGGGAUGCAACUUUUUGGAGGACAGUUUAAUUUCGAAGGUGACACGCCACCGACUAACUUCAACACCUUUCCUAUUGCGUUGCUCACUGUCUUCCAGAUCUUAACAGGCGAAGAUUGGAACGAGGUCAUGUAUGACGGUAUCCAAUCUCAGGGCGGCAUCCAGAAAGGCAUGAUCUACUCGUUGUACUUCGUAAUUCUGGUGCUGUUCGGAAACUACACUCUCCUGAAUGUGUUUCUUGCCAUCGCUGUCGACAACUUGGCUAAUGCCCAGGAAUUGACAGCGGCUGAGGAGGAACAGGUCGAGGAAGAUAAGGAGAAACAGCUCCAAGAAUUGGAGAAAGAGAUGGGUGCGUUACACGCGGUGGACGGAUCUCCACCCGGAGUAGACUUAAGCCCCACAUCGCCUGCUAGUAGGAAGAAUAAAAAGAAAGAAGAGGCCAAAGAAGAGGAAGAGGAGAUACCAGACGGACCAAAACCAAUGCUGCCAUAUUCGUCCAUGUUUAUUUUGUCACCAACUAAUCCAAUAAGGCGAGGCGCACACUGGGUUGUAAAUUUAAAAUAUUUUGAUUUUUUUAUUAUGAUAGUCAUAUGUUUGAGUUCUGCGGCUUUAGCAGCUGAGGACCCCGUAGUGGAAGAUAGUCCAAGAAAUAAAAUUCUGAACUACUUCGACUACGCGUUCACGGGGGUGUUCACCGUGGAGAUGUUGCUGAAGAUCGUCGACUUAGGCAUCCUGUUCCACCCGGGCGCGUAUCUGCGCGACCUGUGGAACAUCAUGGACGCCGCUGUCGUCAUCUGUGCUCUUGUCAGCUUCGGUUUCGAGAUCGGAGGUGUCAAAAAAGGGGCGGGACAGAAUCUGUCCACAAUAAAGUCGUUAAGAGUUUUAAGAGUGCUCAGACCAUUGAAAACGAUAAAACGUGUUCCAAAGUUAAAAGCAGUGUUUGACUGUGUUGUGAACUCUUUAAAAAAUGUCAUUAACAUUCUCAUUGUGUACAUAUUGUUUCAAUUCAUAUUCGCUGUAAUCGCGGUUCAACUUUUUAAUGGUAAAUUUUUUCACUGCACCGAUAUCAGUAAGAAUACUUUUGAAGACUGCCAAGGGUCGUAUUUCGUGUACGAACCGAACAGCCUGCUGCCAAAGGUUGCGCAGCGCGUGUGGGCGACGCAACACUUCCAUUACGACAACGUGGCAACGGCCAUGUUGACGCUGUUUGCGGUGCAGACGGGAGAAGGCUGGCCACAAGUGUUACAAAAUUCGAUGGCGGCAACUUACGAAGAUAAGGGACCCAUACAAAAUUUUCGAAUAGAAAUGUCCAUAUUUUAUAUUGUUUACUUUGUGGUAUUUCCGUUCUUCUUUGUAAACAUAUUCGUAGCUCUGAUUAUUAUCACAUUUCAAGAGCAGGGAGAAGCUGAAUUACAAGACGGUGAAAUUGAUAAAAAUCAGAAAUCAUGUAUAGACUUCACGAUAGAAGCACGGCCUCUCGAGAGGUAUAUGCCAAGCAAAAGGACAAGUUUUAAGUACAAAGUGUGGAGAAUAGUAGUCUCUACGCCCUUCGAGUACUUCAUUAUGACCCUUAUCGUCCUUAAUACUUUGUUGCUCAUGAUGAAGUUUCACGAGGCUCCACCACUACUCAUGGACAUGUUAACAUUCAUGAACCUCGUCUUUACGUUCUUCUUCCUUCUCGAGACCGUUUUGAAGCUGAUUGCCUUCGGAUGUACGAAUUUUUUCAAAGAUCCUUGGAAUACAUUUGAUUUCAUAACGGUCAUCGGAAGUAUUAUUGACGCACUCAUUAUGGAGUUUGGCGCCGACCUUGCUGAAAAUUGUGCUGACAUUUCCUGUCAGCAGGAGAACACAUUCAACGUCGGCUUCCUCCGCCUGUUCCGAGCCGCGCGACUGAUCAAGCUGCUCCGACAGGGCUACACCAUUCGGAUAUUGCUCUGGACGUUUGUGCAGAGUUUCAAAGCCUUACCCUACGUGUGCCUUCUCAUUGCAAUGCUAUUCUUCAUCUACGCCAUCAUUGGGAUGCAGGUGUUUGGCAAUAUAGACUUAGCAGAAGACUCAGAUUUGAGCAGACACAACAAUUUUCGAAACUUCAUCCAAGCACUCAUGCUACUGUUCAGAUGCGCGACGGGCGAGUCAUGGCCCAACAUCAUGCUGGCUUGCCUCAAGCCGGCCAAGUGCGACAAGGACACGGGAAAACCCGCCAAUGAAGCCUGUGGCAGCACCCUCGCCUAUGCCUACUUCGUAUCGUUUAUAUUCUUCUGUUCAUUUCUUAUGUUGAAUUUGUUCGUUGCCGUCAUCAUGGAUAAUUUCGACUACCUAACGAGGGACUCGUCAAUCCUGGGCGCGCAUCAUCUCGACGAAUUUGUUAGAAUAUGGGCCGAAUAUGACCCAAACGCAACGGGAAAGAUUCAUUAUACAGAAAUGUACGAUAUGUUGAAGAAUAUGGAUCCACCGCUGGGGUUUGGUAAUAAAUGUCCAAAUAGACUAGCAUAUAAAAAACUUAUUAGAAUGAAUAUGCCGCUAGACGACGAAGGGAAAGUAAAUUUUACAACAACAUUAUUUGCCUUAAUACGAGAAAAUUUAAAUAUAAAAAUGAGAUCUGCGGAAGAAAUGGACCAAGCAGAUGAAGAACUUAGAGAAACAAUAACACACAUAUGGCCACUCCAAUCGAAAAAGAUGUUAGACUUGUUGGUGCCUCGAAACGAUGUACUCAACGCUGGAAAACUGACUGUAGGGAAGAUUUAUGCGGGUCUACUGAUUUUAGAGAGUUGGAGAUCAACAAGGUUUGGCCAGACUGAACCACAGGGUGUUCCGAAGGCGUCCUUCUUUAACUGCCUGCUGGACGUGGCGGCGGGGCUGGGCCCGGGUUCACGCGCGGGUUCGUUGAGCCACGAGGCCCCGGCACUGCCCGCCGACGGCCACCCUGCCCACUCAGACGACCCCCACACGCUGGCCAACCUCGCCAGACGCAGUACCAGAAAAUCGCUCAAGAACAACAAAAAGGUACUGGAACUACAAGGGUCGCAGCAUGGUUCCAUGGAGUCUUUAGACGAGGCAAGAUUACAAGCUCCUCAUGUGUACCAGAAUGGUCACCAUGGAAGAUCAUCUAGUUUGAGACGAACGCCUAGUCCAAGAAGACGAGGCCACUACGGAGGUUACCAUCACGACAUCGGCUUCUCGGACACCGUCAGCAAUGUCGUCGAGAUAGUUAAGCACGAACAUCAGAGACAUGGGCGAACGCACCGGGCCCCUCAUCAUUAUCAUCCACAUGCAGGGAAGGAGUGGAGGGCGCCGUAUCCCACAACCAGCCUGAGCCAGCCCUCGCGGUCGCCCAGCCCGCCACACCACACCUACGUUUGGGCUCCGAUAGGUGGGGAUCGGGACCGGGAGUGGCGGGAAUGGCGCGACCGAUCGUGGGAGCGCGAGGGCGGACGUCGCGGCCGCGGCCGGCAGCUCCCUCCCACUCCUACCAAGCCGUCCACGCUACAAGUGAAGCAGCAACCACCAUUCAAUAGAAUUAGCCAUAGUCCUUCGCAUUUAUCGUUAAGGCAUACGGUGCGAGAACCCGUAGAACCUCUACACGACGAGUACGAAUAUGGCCGAGAAGUUGAAAGACUGAUACACCGAGACUAUAGAUCUAGAGAAAGGCAGCACAGAUCGUUCUCAAUGAACGCUAUCAAUCCCGAGAGCUUCCGCUCGGUGGACAUCGUGGCUCGCCUCCACCACUCCAAUCAGAUCGUCAACGAACAAACCAGAGCUUUAUCGAAUUCGAUAACGAACGUGUUCGCUCGUAGACGCGGCAGAGGAUACGAGUCGGAGCGCGGAGCGGGCGGCGCGCGCGCGUACGAAACGCCCGCGCCGCUCAGCUACGAGGCGGCGCUGGCGAUGGGGCGCGGCGGCGGCGCGCGCACGCUGCCGUCGCCCGCGCCCGCGACGCGCCUACCCAACGGCUACAAGCCGCGCGCGCGCCACUCGGACUCGGACGAGGACGACUGGUGCUAGCGGCGCCGCCGCGCGCGCUCGCAGCGGGACGUGCGCGCGCCCGCCCCGCCCCCGCCCGUGUCUCCCGCGCCCGCGCCCGCGCACACCUUCUGACCCCCGCGCCAGCCGCGACCGCCGCGCCCGCCCGGACGUUUUUUACU